AUGUCAUUAGGUUCCGCACCUACGCAACGGCCUCAGACUGACUGGCGAGCACGUGCCCACGCCGCUGCGCGUAUUCCCAACCCUAUAUACAGCUCCAGAGCAGUCAGAUUCACUGUUUUUGAGAAGGUGGACAACUUGAAAACUCGUGUACAGGAGUUAGAAGAAGUUCAGGCAAAAAUGAAUGGAUCUGCUGGGCCACCAGGUCCUCCUGGUCCACCAGAAGAAAUGGGACCAAAAGGGCCAGCUGGCCCUGUGUCUGCUGGCCCACCAGGCCCCCCUGGUCCACCAGGAGAAAGGGGACCAAUAGGCCCUCCUGGUCCACCAGGAGAAAGGGGACCAAUAGGUCCUGUUGGCACCGUGUCUGCUGGGCCACCAGGCCCCCCUGGUCCACCAGGAGAAAGGGGACCAAUAGGUCCUGUUGGCACUGUGUCUGCUGGGCCACCAGGCCCUCCUGGUCCACCAGGACCAAAGGGACCAAUAGGUCCAGCUGGCCCUGUGUCUGCUGGGCCACCUGGACCUCCAGGAGAAAUGGGAACAGUUGGGCCACCUGGCCUUGUGUCUGCCUGCCGUGGGCCACCUGGAACUCCAGGAGAAGGCUUUGCGGCUGCACGCUGGGUUCCCGAGACCAAACAGAGAAUAAGGUUUAGUCUUACGGUCUUAAAGAACCUGGGUAUGAAGGCUGGACCUGGCAGCAUUGAGGAGAAACUUCGAGGGGAGGCGAGCUGUCUCCGCAACAGGUUGGCAGGAUAUGAAGAAAUGCCGUUUUAUGCUUCAAACGACAUAAGCGACGCUGUCGCAAACGUCAUCAGCGGCAUGGCGUUCGGGAAGUGCUAUGACAACGGGGAUGAAACGUUCCGAGAUCUCGUUGAUGCCAUGCAUAAGGUCGUUGAUGAACUUGGGCCUGGACAGAUCAUCAGCGUUUUCCCUUUCUUACGGUUUGUUCCUGGAAUAAACAGCGGCUUCAAGGAAGUGCUGAAACAGAGCACCAAGAUUCAGCACGUGUUGUGGGAUGAGAUCACGCGCCAUCGCGAGAACCUGGAUCGCGAGAACCCGCGAGACUUCCUGGACUUCUGCCUGUUGAAGGUUGAGAAGCAGGAGAAGGUGGAGGGUCUGACGGAGGAGAACGUCAUGUACGUCGCCAUGGAGCUCUUCAUGGCGGGAAUAGGCAAAACCAACAACACACUGCUGUGGAGUCUGAUGUAUAUGACUUUGAACCCCGACAUCCAAAAUAAGCUGCCCUACGUGAACGCCUGUCUGCUGGAGGUCAUGAGGAUCCGGACUACCGUACCUCUCUCGAUCCCCCACGCCACCACAGAGACGGUCAAAAUGCAGGGAUGCGACAUCUCUAAGGGAACUCAGAUACUACUGAACCUGUACUCCGUCCACAUGGACCCCGCCUACUGGCCUGAUCCGGACCGGUUUGGCCGACGUGCCUGUCUUGGUGAGCAGCUGGCCAGGAUGGAACUUUUCCUGUUCUUCUCGACCCUGCUGCAGUACUUCACCUUCAGGACGCCAGAGGACGCUUCUCCUCCAACCACUGAAGGCGUCUUUAGUCUGGGGUUGAAACCGCGUCCGUUUAAGCUCUGUGCGAUCCCGCGUUAG